AUGACGGAGGCUAAGUGGUCUUUUAGAGAGGGUACUCAUCUUGACGCUGCUGGUGCGAAAUGGAAUAGUUCCACAGAUACACAAAGUCAAAAUGGCGGCAACAGAUCUAGACCUUUUCGGACCAAUACAAACGACACGCUGCCCAAGCGAUUUGUGGCGUCGAUAGCGGGUGACGUCAUCAUCGGAGGGUUGUUCCCGAUUCACUCCAGUUCACUUGGUUACCUGUGCAAUCCAAUGACAAGAGAUCAAGCCAUUCAUAUCAAGGAGAUUGAAGCCAUGCUGUUCACAAUUGAUAAAAUAAACGAAGAUACUAGCCUUCUCCCAGGGGUAACGUUGGGAGCGCACGUCUUAGACACCUGUGGUAGUUCGGCCUAUGCUCUGUCACAGGCGUUUGAUUUUAUCAUGGGCGCACUUGGUCAGGAUUACGGUAUUGAACACGUGGGCGACGUACGAGCUGUGCCAGUGGCAGGUGUAGUGGGCGCACUUCGCAGUGACGUCAGCAUUGACUUGGCCAAUUCUCUACAAUUGUUCCACAUACCCCAGGUAAGCUAUGCAUCCACAUCCCCCGAACUGAGUGACGGACAUCGGUUUCGUUAUUUCGCGAGAACUGUGCCAACCGACACUUACCACGUACGAGGGAUAAUGCAACUAGUGAGGUCUCUAAACUGGACUUAUUUAUCGGUGGUAUACGAAGACACCAGUUACGGCGAGUCGUCUUACACCACAAUGGCAGAGCUGGCGGAAGAAUAUGGUGUGUGCAUCGCCGCUACUGUAAAAAUUCCUCUACCACUCGAGUUGAUAGAGGACGGUGAUUACGAUGAAGUUGUGGCGAAACUGUUGGCGAGGACGCAUGCGCGGAUUGUUGUUGUGUAUGCUUGGCAUCACUAUGUUCGCGGGAUAUUCGAGGCUGUCAUCCGUGCAGGCAUGCAAGACCGCUUCGUGUGGGUGGGACAGGAACCAUGGCCCACCACCGAAUGUCAACAGAACAACGAAGACACGCCGCAGCCUUCAUCGCCAUUGAAUGCCGAGUUUGCUCGAAUCGCCGAGGGCUCCCUCUCGCUACAUGCCCGUGUCUUACCGAUUGCUGGAUUUAGAGAGUAUCUCAGUGAGCUGAAGCCCGAGACAAAUGCACGAAACCCAGCAUUCGCGGAAGCAUGGGAACAUUUAUUUGCGUGCAAAUUAAAUAACUUUCCGAGUUACUGGAAAAGUGGUUUUACAACGUAUUGUACAGGUAAAGAAAACUUCACAACCAUUCUUAAUACAUACCCAACACUAGUAAUGGUCUCAGACGUAGUUGACGCCGUUCUGCUCUUUGCGCAUGCUCUAAAUAACAUGCACCGUGAUCUGUGCAAAGGAAUUCCAGGGCUAUGUCCACAAAUGAACCCGGUUAACAGAAAGGAUCUCAUGCGAUACAUUGAAAUGACGUCAUUUGAAGAUUGGUCGGGACAUCUUAUUCAAUUGGAUGAACACGGCGAUGCCCUAAUCCCGUACCAAAUAUGGCAUACACGACAACAACCGUCAGGGGAGUAUGAAUGGAUAGAGGUUGGAUUGUACGAUUUCCUUCAUGACAACUUUACCCUGGAUUACAGUGCACUGCAGUACAGACUGGACCGUCCAACAUAUCCUAUCUCUACGUGCAACCCACAGUGCGAAGCCGGGGAGAUGAAGCUGUUGUUGGAAGAAGAAAUCUGUUGCUGGACAUGUAAAUUGUGUAGCGAUUUCGAGUAUCUCUACAAUGACUAUGAGUGUCUGGAAUGCCCCUUAGGAGAGGCACCAGACACUUUUCAUCAGACUUGUAAACCGAUCCCCGAAGAAUACAUUCAAUAUUAUAACAAGUUCUCCAUUAUAUGUAUGACUUUCGCUUCAGUAGGUUUGCUAGCAACCGUGUUCACAUGUGCUGUGUUUAUCGCCAAUAACAACACCCCGGUAGUCAAAGCGUCUAGCAGAGAGCUGUCUUAUAUCCUUCUUGGAGGCAUACUCGCGUCUUACGCCAUCACCUUUGUGUUGCUGGCCAAACCGUCGGAACCACGAUGUGCGUUAUCGAGGGGAGGAAUAAGCCUGUGUUUCACGCUGUGUUACUCCGCACUCCUAGUAAAAACAAAUCGCAUGUCGAGAUUGUUUCAACUGGAGAUCGGCGAAGAGCCUAAAUUCUUAACAGUAUUUUGGCAGGUUGUCUUCACGCUUCUUCUUUUCUCGGUGGAAAUAGUUGUUAUGGUUGUCAUGUUUCAGUUCUACCCGCCAACCGUGACACAUCACUAUGCCAUACGAGGCAAGAAUCUGCUGAUCUGCGCAGGUGAUAAAGAUGCUACCUAUCUUAUAGACAGUGCUUACCCGGCGUUAUUGAUGCUUCUAUGUACUGUCUAUGCGUUCAAGACUAGAAAAGUUCCGGAAGGCUUCAAUGAGGCCAAGUUCAUAGCUUUUACUAUGUACAGUAUAUUUGUUGUUUGGCUAGCAUUUGUGCCCAUAUACUUCACAAGUGGAGAGGAGAUGGAAGUCAGGACAGCUUCUAUUAGCAUUGCAAGCUCGCUUUGUGCAAGUGUUAUUCUAGGUUGUCUUUUUCUACCGAAGGUUCACAUCAUUCUCUGCCGACCACAGAAAAACUGCCGAGGUACUGUUGGAAAAACAUUUAAAAUGUCAGCCAAAUCAUCGAAUGGUUCUGUACUGACCUCUCCCCACAACUGUCCACCCGAUGACAUUGCAUUUGAGCGGCGUGAAAUAAUUGGGACACCGGUUGAAGGUGACCAAACUGUGGACUAG